GCUGGCGGUGGCGGGGCCGGCGCCGGCGGACGGGAGCAGCCCCCCCGAGGGCGGCUGGGGCUGGGUGGUGAUGCUAGCCGCCAUGUGGUGCAACGGGUCGGUGUUCGGCAUCCAGAACUCGUGUGGGGUCCUCUUCGUCUCCAUGCUCGACUCCUUUGGCGAUCGUGACGACCCGAACCUCAUCUUCAAGACAGCAUGGGUGAGUUCGCUGUCUAUGGGAAUGAUCUUCUUCUGCUCUCCCAUUGUCAGUGUGUUCACAGACAUAUUUGGCUGCCGAAAAGUAGCUGUUACUGGAGCUGCAGUGGGGUUGCUUGGACUCCUUGCAAGCUCUUUUGUAAGCACCAUUGAACUUCUAUAUUUCACCUAUGGAAUCUUAUUUGCCUGUGGCUGCUCAUUUGCAUACCAACCAUCCUUGGUCAUUCUGGGGCACUAUUUCAAGAAGCGCCUAGGACUAGUGAAUGGCAUUGUCACUGCCGGCAGCAGUUUGUUCACUGUGUCACUGCCCUUCCUUCUGAGAGUGUUGAUUGAUUCAGUUGGCCUAUUCAACACUUUACGGGUCCUGUGCAUCCUCAUGUUUAUUCUGUUCCUCGCUGGCUUCACUUACAAGCCUCUCAUUCCCCAUGCCAAAGACACAGAGGGUGGAAAGAAGGGCAAGUUCAAAUUUCCUCCUGCAAAAAAGAUUUUCAAUUUUUCCAUUUUCAAAGUUGCGGGUUAUCGGAUUUGGGCUUUUGGAAUCCCAGCUGCCCUUUUUGGAUACUUUGUGCCUUAUGUUCACUUGAUGAAGCAUGUAAAAGAAAGACUCGGUGAGAAUGUGCAAGAAGAAGUGCUUCUACUCUGCUUGGGUGUCACUUCUGGAAUUGGCCGACUAAUCUUUGGCAGAGUUGCAGAUUAUAUUCCUGGGGCAAAAAAAGUUUAUUUACAGGUGAUCUCGUUCUUCUUCAUUGGGCUGAUGUCCAUGAUGAUUCCACUGUGCCAUGUCUUUGGAGGUCUCAUUGCUGUCUGCCUCUUCAUGGGUCUGUUUGAUGGCUGCUUCAUUUGCAUCAUGGCUCCUAUUGCCUUUGAGUUGGUUGGUGCCCAAGAUGUCUCUCAAGCCAUAGGAUUUCUGCUGGGACUCAUGUCAAUUCCUAUGAUUGUUGGUCCCCCCAUUGCAGGUUUACUGCGUGACUACCUAGGUACCUAUGAUGUAGCGUUCUACCUGGCUGGAGUUCCCCCCAUUAUUGGUGGCGCCAUAUUAUGCUUCAUUCCAUGGGUACAUGAAAAGAAAAAGCUAAAAGAAAAAGCAAAAACUGUUGAUGGAGCAACAACUGAGAAAAUGCUGGAAAAUGACAGCACUUUGGUAUCAGGCACAACAGAAAAGCCCAACAAGGAAAUAGACUCUGUUAUUUGAUGCAUUGUAUCUUCUUACCAGGCUGAAGUUGUUUUUAAAGGAGCUAGAUCAUGUUUCUGACUUUAAGCAGAAAAUCUAUUAUUAUUUUUCAAAAUUGGACAUAGUGCUCAAAUUGCAAAACUGCUAAGAGCUAAGCAUCUUCUCCAGCACAGAAUAGCUUUCUGGAUGACACCUUGAGUCUGGUUUUAAGCCAUGAUUUCAAGGCAUUUGAAGUUUUUUAUAGCAUCAGUGUGCAUCUGCCAGUGAUUCUGCGUGCGAACAGAUUAUUUUUUUAAUCCAUCAGGACAUAUUUCCAGAAGUGUGAAAGCUGUUUUUGAUUCACUGACCCUUCCAGGAUAGCUUUGGGAAUUUUACAGUCCGUCCAAUAAAGGAAAAUUUCUUAUAUGGCUUAUAAGAGGGCUGUUAGUAGCUCUUAGACUAAGUCCCCUCCCCCCAUUUUUUCAUUGCAUUUUAAAUACUUUUACAAUCCUAUAGUAAUAAGCAGGAAUAUCUAGUGUUGUCAUUUUCUAUUCUUUCCUGAAAUUAUCUUGCUUUUGGAAGCUAAAUUAUUCUAUUUCAUUUUCUCUUAAUACUUCUGUUCUAUUUGCUUAAACUCAUCCUAGACCACUUUUUCCAUUGGUUCACCUUUUUUAUAAUCUGAUCAGUAGACAUUUUAGGAUUAUAUCUGAUUUGUACAUGUAUUGAGCAUAAACAAGUGAAUAAAUUCAGCAUUAAAGCAGCUGAAAUAUUGGUAUCGUUAGUACCCAGGUACUACAGUUAAUCAAGUCCUUCUUUGACGGUGCUGGAGUAGCUGGUAGUUUUAAAAAUCUAGUUAACUGCAGUGCUUGGGUGCAGAAAUGUGAAUUAGAUUAAAUUUUAAAUUUUGAAUUUGUUUCUUUUUUUAGGGUUUCACUAGAAAAUACUUAAAGACAGCUUUAAAGGAUACAUUUUAAGUGUGCAAUAAGAUUCAAUUGUUCAUACAGAUAAAUGGAAAUAUACAUGAAAUAGAUAUGAGUUAUUUUAGCUACGUUAGACAAUUUUGAAAGAUUUUGCAGUUAUGCAAAUUAAUUAUAGACCUUUGUGUUUUUAUUCAAUUGCAUGUAGGAUACAACUUCCUAUUUUCAAGAAAUGCAAAAAAUUGUCUUUGCAGGCACAAUUCCUUAACAUACUGGUUCACAUCCUUUAUUACUUGCACAGUCCUAAAUUGGGUGUCAAACCCAUAUUUUUGAACACCUUUCUCUGAACGUUACUGCAGCUAAUGGUUUGUCUGAAAUAAUAUCUUAAGAGUGCGUCUGAAUUUAUCAGGAUUACACUCGAACUGUGCUGCUUAUGCAACGGAGUGCUUAAAUAGAUACUCAUUUUACUAGGGCCACGUAAUGCUACUUAUGUAACAGCAAAGAAAAUAAAUAUCUGGAAACUAAAAGCACAUUCAAAUACGAUUUCUCACUUAGUUGUCAGUAUCAUUUGGAUGUGUAAUUCCUAUUUAGGAGCACACCUUUUAAAAAUGUAAUCCUUACUGCCAUUUCACUAUUUUUAAUUUAAUUUCUUCAUUUUUACCAAAGAUUGUGAAUUGCUCAUACAACUUUAUAUUACUGUGAAGUGAAACAUGUUAUAUUAGCAAUAUUUAGAUUAAAAGAUAUAUUUUUUUAAACCCCAUUAAAUAAUUAGAUAAGUAUCUUAAUUAUUAUGGGCCAGAUUCUGUCAUCCUACUUACAUUGCUUAGUCCAUAUUAAAAAUGAACAAGUCUCAUCAGAGUCUAACUGAAACUGGAAAUGGUAAAGUGACAAUUCUCCCUUUUAAGAUAGACCAUUAGAAAUGGCUGGGAAGUCUAGGAGCACAGAUUCCCGUGACAUGUAGUGGGAUCAGUGCUCCUUAAUCUCUUUUGCUUUUGAAAAUCUAAUUUCUAAAAAGUAAGUAAUAUUAUUAGUUAAAAUCCUCAAGAAAUGAUGCUUUCAUUACAGAAAUUACAUUAGCAACCACAUUAUUUAUGCUCUUGAUUCUUCUUCCAGGUGAUAUUAUUCAGUGUUGGGUAUUGCACUGGCAAUGAAAUACACAGUGAAAUUCAUGAUAAAAUCCUCUUAUUUCAGCUACUUUGGUUAUGAAAAUUAAUAUUUAUCAUACUGUUUAUUAUUUUAAAGGAUUUUUUUGUGGUAAAUUCAGGAGGCCCAUUUAGCACUUGCUGUGCUCUGAACUCAUGAGAGGCAUCAGGUUGUGCUUGCCUUUCUACUUGGCACAAUAUUAUAAUAAUAUCUUUAUAAAUAAUCUGAAAGAAAAUAAAAGCCAUUGCUGAUAAAUUCUGCAGAUGACACAAAAAUGGAGUGGCUACCAUGUGGUACACCGGCCUUGUAUGAGAAAUAUGUCAAUACAGCCAAAUACGAGGCAGGCAUUUUAAGAAGAAAAAAUGUAGCCUAUAUUUAUAGGUUACAGUCUGUAUUUUUUUAAAUAUCUUGGAGUGGGAUGUGUUGUGUGGUGCAUAAUCAAAAGAGUUAAUGCAAUCUUGAAAUGUAUGAGGAGUGAACUACAGAAUACAAGUCAGAACAUGGCAUUGAUUAGUGUGAUCAUCAGUUGAAUGCUAUGUCCAGUUCGGGUUUCAACAUUUGAAAAAGGAUGUUGAAAAAUUAAAUGCUGAAGUAAAACUUCAGAAAAAGCAAAGAUGACUUGAGGUUUGGGAAAAGUGUCUUAUAGUGAAAGACUUAAAAAAAAUCUAAAACUAAUUAAGACAAGAUACUGACAUAGGGAGAUUUUCAGUAAGAGACAUUUCUUCAGUCUAGCAUAACGGCACAACAAGGUCCUGUUUGGAGUUACAUAAAUUUAGAAUAAAAAUAAGAUGCAGAGGGUAACUGCGAAGAACAGCUUACUCAGAAAUGGAAAUUUCUUUGUUACCCAGUCUUUAAUUGAGAUGGGUUGUCUGUCUUUCUAAAAAAAAAAAUAAUUAUCCGGUUCUGUCAGAAGUAAUGCUGGCUGAAACUAUCUUGUGUUUAGUUACAGACUAAAUUAUUAUAAUGGUCUUUUCUAGUCUUAAGAUCUAUUUAAAUAAUUUAUGUUUCAUAUCAAGAUUUAUGUCUUCAUCCCAAAGUUUCAAUGUGGUGUUGAUGCAUCGCAAGUAAUGCCAUAUAAAAAGUAUCUGCUUGCUAGUUACGGUGCAGAUGCAAAUGUCUUGUUUCUUCUAAAAGAUUUUUUUAAUUUAAAAUAUUUCAUCCACUUUAUGAGGGAACAGAUAUAAUAUUAAGGCUUUUCCUCGUCAAAAUUAAGCAGUUUUGACAGGCUAGAAAAUUAAAGCAUCUGAAAAAAUAAUUAACUUCAAUUUGGCAGAAGUCAUUUCUGAAUCAGGAAAUGGUAACUUCCAUAGACAAGUAAUCCUGCUCUGCUUCUCAUAGCUGAUUCAACCUUACCUCCACGUCUCUACCUCCCCACCUACCUCCCAUUUCCCAGAAAUAUUUUCAGGAAAGGUCCUAGGAGCAGUUUGGAGAGAGGGAUUAGUUUAGAAGGUGGAGUGCCGGUUUCCUAGUGUGUGAACAGUAUCAGCUCAAAUGCUUUACCCUUCUGUGUAGUACGCUGAGUCUUGAAAAGCUCAGUCCGAGCAAGCUGUAUGCAAACAUUUCACAUGGCUUAUUGACAUUUUCUUUUUAGGUUCUUAUGUGGUCCUUGUCUCUGUGAUAUCUGAAUAAUAUAUCCUGCAUUGCUAAGGGAUAUGAACAUACUUAGAGCUGUGUUAUACAGCUGUGUAUACAAGAAUACAUAAGUAUAAUAAAUUGAAACCAGGGCUGACAGUUAAACUCAUGCUAGUUAUGCAUUGCAGGUAGGACUCAAGAUUCUGCUAGAGUCCAUUGACACUAUUUGGCUCUGUAUGUUGUAGCCAUAUAAACUUAUAUAGAGCAGACUGGAAGUCUUUUCUACCAAAAGUCCUUUUGAGUCUGGUCUACACUGACCAGCCAGAAAUUUGCUUAAUAUACUUGUGGUCACCAUCUGAACAGCUCCCUAAGGUGUUCAGUGCAGUCAAAGACAGCUUAGAUAGCCAUGGAUUCACUUGUGUGAUCCACUUUUUGAAGAUGUGUGUGGUACAGUGAACAAUGGCAACCUUCUCUUUUUCUGUCUUUCGAUCACUGGAGCACAAGAUCUGGGCAUACACAUCAAUAAUGCCGAUCUGAAAUUCUUGAUCUCAGAUAGCUGGUGAUCUCAGUGUUGGGCUGUUAAUUUUGGCUUACAGAAGUCACUCUGAACACUAGGCACUCAUGGCUAGAUCCAAAAAAUGAUACAGGUAGAAAUGAGGUGGCAGACUCCAACAAUGCAAUCCUGAAAAACCCCUACUGAGCUACCAUCUAACCCUGAAGGCAUUCCAGAGGUUCCAUGCAGCACUUUAUGACUUUAAAGUUUCUUACUUGCCCGAAAGUUCAACUUUUACACUUGUACGAAAGAGCCUCAAUUGGACAAAGCUGGGCAGUUCAGCUGCAAGCUGAACCUUCAUUGUGUCCCAAAACUUAGACAUUACUAUGACUAAAAGACCUGAGGAGGUAUUUCAUGCAUUUGAAUGUUUGUCUAACUUUACCCCAACUAAAUAGGUGGUCAAAUAAAAGAUAUCACCCUAAGAGAUCCUUGCCUUGCAUAAGGAUUUUAGCUAAUAGCUGUUUCCUGUAAAAUACAGUGCUGGAAGUAAGGAUUAAAACCCAGAUCCACACACACCCACACCCAGUCCCUCACCCAGAUACACACACGUGCACCUUAAACACUAAACUAGUCAUGCUCCCUCUGGCCCCAGGCACCUUGAAUUCCUUGUGAGACAACUUCAACAGCAGAGUAGCAAGUGCACCUAUCCCCCAGGAACAGCUGAUAGUUUUGAGUGCAGCACUCCCCUGAGGGAAGUGAACUUGGAUUCCCUGCAAGUGCUCUAAUAAUAAUGAUAAAAAUGACAGUAGCAGCCCUUACACAAUCUAGAGGGCACCAUGUUCUUAAAAGAAAGGAGCACUCAAGUUUAUUGGAAGAAAUGGCCCUGGUGUUUACUUUCAGAAGGGCUAUAGGUCUCAAGGAGAUUAUGGAGCCCUGAAUUAGGUGUCUGGGAACAGGAUUUAAGAUCGAUCCCUCCCUAUGGUCUUUUCUUUUUAGAUGGCGCUAGGCAUGUGGGCAGUUAAUGUGCUCACAUGAGGGAGCCGUCUGAUCAGCACGCUGGCCCCACUCUAGGUGCCUGUGCUCUGUACAUGAUGAGUCCAGGUGCCGCGUGCUAGGUUCUGGAUUCCAUCAUAGGGGCCAGACACCCAAAUAUUGGGGUUGGUAGCUAGAAAUUAGGUGCUGCAGUGUUCUCUAUUGGAACUGGCCUUCCAAUACUACAGAGCUAGGCAUGAUAUAAGAACCCAAAUAGAAUAUAUUUUCACUAAGGAUUAUGUAAGUUCUGUCUCUGGUUCCACAAUCAGGUACAGCAUCUGUGGCAGAAGUGUGAAAGAAAAUUUAAAAACAAUAUUUAAAAAAAAAAAAAGGAAUUAUUGUCCUUAGCUUUUAAUUUUGACAAGUGUUACACCAUUCAAUUCUAGAGAGAGUUAUAAAGUCAGGGCAACAUUUUUAAUACAUGCUUUAUUCUUUUUAUAUGUGAAAGGAGUCACCAUUUUUAAGAAUUUCGGAAAUAUGGAUAUUAAGUUUAGGCCUUCUAUAUUUUAUACUAAAAUGUGUGCUAAUAUAGAUGACACUGACAAGUGUUUGGGUGUCUUUAUAGACACUGUAUUUUAUAUGUUCGUUUUUAUGCUAAUUAAUGUUCACAUUGCUAGCCUUAACUCCAUGCUUUCUAAAUCUGCUUUUUUUUAGAAGCAUAAAGAAUGAAUGUCUAAUGUUAAUUCAUGGUGCUAAAAUAAUUGUAAUCCAUCUCUAAUUACUCAAAAUAAACAAGCAUAGUUCAAAAGUG